AUGGCAGGAACCGCGGGAAACGCGGGAAAUGUGGGACACGCAGCAGCGAACGUGUCGCUAGUGCUAUCUGAGAGCGCGUCGUCGGAGAUUCUCGCGUGUUCCUUCCUCAUGGCCACCACCAUGCUCGUCGCUUACAUUUCCAAGAAGCACCACUGGGUCUACUUCCCUGAGUCCUCGGCGGCGCUGGUGCUGGGGAUGGUGUUCGGCGUGCUGUCGCUGGUCCUGGAGGACGAUCUGGCGUUCACGUUCAGCCCGGAAAUCUUCUUCUACGGCCUUCUCCCCAUUAUAAUUUUCAAUGCCGGAUACGCCUUGAAGAAGAAAGAUUUUUUCCGCAAUUUCUGGACAAUCACCCUCUUUGCUGUCGUGGGAACGAUCAUAUCCACGCUGGUGUACGGCCUUGCCACGUACUCCCUCGUCCGAGCUGGCAUUGUGACCCACAUGACGUCAGAUUCGCCUCUCCUCGAGUCGCUCAUAUUCGGAUCGCUCAUUUCCGCCAUUGACCCUGUCGCUACGCUCUCCAUCCUGCAAGACGUGCAGGCACCAACGCUGCUCUACAACUUGGUGUUCGGAGAGAGCCUUGUCAACGACGCCGUCUCUAUCGUGCUCUUCCGCACCUUCGCCUCCUUCACCAACCAGGAGUUCUCCAUGGCCAGCAUUGCCACUGCAAUAGUCCAAUUUCUGGGCAUAAGCGUGGGCUCCAUCCUGCUAGGCAUCCUCGUGUCCCUCCUCUGCGCCCUCAUACUCCGAUUUAUCGACAUCAACAGCGAGUUCUCCAAGUUCGAGCUCUCUCUCGUGCUCGUCUCGGGCUACCUCUCCUACUCCGUUGCUGAGAUGCUCUCUCUAUCCGGCAUCAUGGCUCUCUUCUUCUGCGGCAUCUGCAAUGCACACUAUGGGGCAGAGGCAGCCAAGUUCGAGCUCUCUCUCGUGCUCGUCUCGGGCUACCUCUCCUACUCCGUUGCUGAGAUGCUAUCUCUAUCCGGCAUCAUGGCGCUCUUCUUCUGUGGCAUCUGCAAUGCACAUUACGGGUACUACAACAUCUCACACGCGUCCAAGAUCAGCAGCAAGUACGCGUUUGAAGCACUCUCCUUCAUGGCCGAGAUGUUUGUCUUUGCCUACCUGGGCAUGCAGGUGGUGGUGAUGCAGCAUGUGAUCGACUGGGGUCUACUUCUCUCUGCCAUUCCUCUCUGCCUCCUUUCUCGAGCCUUCAACGUCUUCCCUCUCUCCUUCCUCUCCAACUGCACGCAGGCCAACAAGAUCCCCACCAACAUGAUUCUAAUGAUGUGGCUCAGCGGGCUGAGGGGCGCCAUUGCCUUCGCCCUCGCCCUCAACAUGCCGCAGCGCAACCCCGCCAUCAUCUCCACCACCCUCUUUGUCGUUGUCCUCACCACCGUCGUCAUGGGCGGCUCCACUUGUCCUCUUCUGCGCGCUCUGGGACUCUCCGCCGCCCACCCGCACACUCCCAAACAUGCACGCGCCUCUCUGGCUGGGAACUGGGUGGAACAGCUGCCAUCCGCGUUUGAAGACCAUGUGCUGGUGAAGUUUAGUGACCCCGAUGUGACUAUAGACGGCGAUCCUGUAGCAGAGCUCGACGUGAUCUGCUUCUCGGUCCGCCCGUCUGGGAUUUCGUCGCUAACCGAAUUCGGGGACCCGAUGAAUUUCCUGCUGACCGAGUGGGAUGAUAUCUGCCCGGAGCUUGCAGCUGGUGUGAGCGCAAGCAGCAAGGUUGGCAGCAGUGGUGGGGACACUAGCAAGGCUGGUGGUGCGGGCACUAGUAAGCCUCUGGCUCAGGAGGAGAAUGGCUCUCCUCAUCUUCCAGUCAGAAAAACGCCCCUUUAG